CAAAUGUUGCUGGUAUCGACACAUGGACCACAUAUAACCAAAAAAGACAUUGAACAACAAAUGCGAUCUAUUGUCACAUUCUCAGUUUUUUAUUGAUCUGCCUGUCAAUUUUUUUUCAAAUUAAAUACUGUAUUGUAUUGGAAUGGGAGAUUUGGAGGGAGACCAUCACGAACAAUGGAGGAAAUCCAUAUUCCUCUAUUUAUUGCUCACUUCUCUGAUCAUUCCAUCAAAUCUGAAAUCCUCUUGAGCCGAGAAGGUCGAAACUGGUCAUGGGCAGAAAACUAGACUUUACCUCCUCCUUCUUCUCUAGAAUAUUAAAGCACAGCACCGCCUCCUCGUCUCCUUGCACGCGACCGAAGACGCUUUCCUUCAGACUGGAGCAUGACCCGGACGGUGCGUUCUUCGACCUCGCCGAGUCGUUGCCGUGCCUAAGUGAGUUGGUGGCCGGCGGGCUGAAAUCGGAGAGGCUCUUCUUUGAGCCGGGGACGACAGAGACGAGCUCUGUGUUGCCGUCGGCGUUGGAGGGGAGCGUGGCGAUGGAAGUGGAGUCGGACGACCCGUAUGAGGAUUUUAAGCGGUCGAUGGAGGAGAUGGUGAUGGCGCAUGGAGUGAGAGACUGGGCGUGGCUGGAAGAGAUGCUGCGGUGGUACCUGAAGGCCAACGGAAAGAGCACCCACGAAGUUAUCGUAGCAGCGUUCGUGGAACUACUUUGGAGAUUCAUUGCUUCCUCUUCCUCUUCCUCUUCCUCUGCUUCAAGAUCUUCUGUUCUUGACACUGAAGAGUAAGAAAAGA